AACCGCAAUCACCAUGGACACGGAGUCCACCUACUCGGGCUAUUCCUACUACUCCGGACGCUCCCGGGGAUCCCACAGGCAUGGGGAGCGAAGCCGCGACCGACACAAGUCCCGCAGUAAAGACAGCCGCUCAGAAAAGUCUGUGACCAUCAACACGCCGCCCGCGGAGCCGCUGCUGGGCGACUCGGCUGUUCGGGGGGAGCAGGUCCAGGAUGACAACUGGGGCGAGACCACCACCGCCGUCACCGGCACGUCCGAGCACAGCCUCUCUCAGGAGGACAUCGUCCGCAUCACCAAGGACCUGGAGGACAGCGUGGGGCUGGACUGCCGCCGUUACUUCACCCUGACCUUGGCUGUGAUCCUGGGGCUGCUGGUGUUCCUGACGCCGCUCGCCUUCCUCGUGCUGCCCCACCUCCUCUGGCCGGAGAGGCUGCAGAGCUGCGGCACGGCCUGCGAGGGCCUCUUCAUCUCCGUGGCCUUCAAGCUGCUCAUACUGCUGCUGGCCGUCUGGGCGCUCUUCUUCAGGCCGCCGCGGGCCGGCCUCCCGCGGGUCUUCGUCUUCAGGGCGCUGCUCGCCGUGCUGGUGCUGCUCUUUGUGAUCUCCUACUGGCUGUUCUACGGAGUGAGGAUACUGGACUCGCAGGACGAGAACUACCAGGGAAUCGUGCAGUACGCCGUGUCGCUGGUGGACGCGCUGCUCUUCAUCCACUACCUGGCCAUCGUCCUGCUGGAGCUGCGGCAGCUCCAGCCGUGCUUCUCCGUGUGCGUGGCGCGCUCCACGGACGGAGAGACGAGGCACUACAACCUGGGACAGCUCAGUAUUCAGCGGGCAGCUCUCGCCAUCUUAGAGCACUACUACUGUGACUUCUCAGUCAAUAACCCGGCGUUGCUCUCCGCCUCCAAGUCCCGCGCCGCCAAGCACCUGGCCGGCCUCAAGGUCUACAACGUGGAUGGUGAGUUCCCAGCAGCCCCAGCUGAGGGCCCGGGGAACAAUGCGGCGACGGGACUGGCCCACUCCCAGUCCAGAGCCAUGAUCGCAGCCGCCGCCCGCCGCCGAGACUCCAGCCACAACGAGCUGUACUACGAGGAGGCUGAGCACGAGCGGCGUGUCCGCAAACGCAAAGCGCGACUCGUGGUGGCGGUAGAGGAGGCGUUCACUCACAUCAAGCGCAUGCAGGAGGAGGAGCAGAAGAAGGCUCCGGGGGACGUGAUGGACCCGCGGGAGGCGGCGCAGGCCAUCUUCCCCUCCAUGGCUCGGGCCCUGCAGAAGUACCUGAGGACCACCAAGCAGCAGCACUGCCACAGCAUGGAGAGCAUCCAGCAGCACCUGGCCUUCUGCAUCACCAACAACAUGACGCCCAAGGCGUUCCUGGAGAGCUACCUGACCCCGGGCCCCACCCUGCAGUACAGCCGGGACCACUGGCUGGCCCGCCAGUGGACGCUGAUCAGCGAGGCGUCGGUCACCAGCGGCCUGAAAGACGGCUCCGUCUUCCUGCUCAAGUGCGUGGACUUCAACCUGGUGGUGACAACGAAGAAGAUCCCUUACAUCCAGAUGUCGGAGGAAUACAUCGACCCCAAGUCACACAAGUUUGUCCUGCGGCUACAGUCCGAAACAUCUGUGUAGGACUUUUCUUUUUUCUUUUUUUUUUUUCUUGCUCUCAAAUGUUUUCAUUUUGGGUUUG